AUGAGUUACUUCAAUCGAGGGAACAGGCGCGAUGAUAGCCGCGACGAUAGCAACAACAAUACCCACAAGCCGGUCUGCAAGUUCUACGAGCGAGGAACUUGUAGAUUUGGUUCGGGUUGCCACAACUACCACCCACCUCGCGAUUCCAGCCAGAGCUCAACGUCGAGUCAGAAUCCAUCAUACCUUCUGAGCCGUGAUGCUAUCAAAGCCGACCUCACCUUUGGCGACGAGCGACCGACGUGGCCACUUUCCGCCUAUGGACCCGGCAGAGAGGCGCCUCGUCAGCUUCUGGAAGGCCUGCUAGAGCAAUCUCCGGAAGAAUUCCGACUUCAGUACUACCUGGCCCAAGCAUCCGGCAGCACUCAACAGUAUGAGCAGACUGAGCAGGCAGCGCUCGCUCAAGCGAACGACCGCGCUCAGCAGAUUCUCAACGACCUCGAUGGAGCGAUCAAAUAUGUCAUGGAUGGCGAACAUGAGCACCCAAACCGCCUCGACCAAGUAGUUAAGCCUACGGGCAAUUUCACUUGGACAGAAAAGCCGAACAAUAACCCUGCCCCCACAGCUUCCAGCAGCAGUACAGCUUUCGGCCAACCAUCGGGAUCCUCCGCUUUUGGGCAACCGUCUGACCUAGGCACUGGCAGCGCUUUUGGUCAAGCAUCCGCGCCGACUUCAGGCUUUGGUGGUCAGAGCGGCGGCGGCUCAGCAUUUGGGAAACCAUCAUCAUUAGGCGGAGGAUCUUCGUCUGCUUUCGGUCAGCCAUCUAUGCUUGGGGGUGGUUCGGCAGCAUUCGGAAAGCCAAGUGCACUCAGAGGCGCCUCGCCUUUCGGUCAGACAUCUACAAACACGGGCAGUACGCCAUUCGGCCAAGCAGCGGCUACCGGUGGCUCAGCUUUUGGACAGUCUUCCACACCAAACGCUGGAAGUGCGUUCGGCCAGCCGUCAGCUCUAGGAGGCGGUGCAAGCAACCCAUCACCAUUUGGCGGAGCUGCAUCGAGCACUCCAUCAUUUGGCCAAAGCGCUUUCGGGCAAGCAUCACAGCCUAAUCAACAAGCCUCACCGUUUGGCCAACAGCAGUCAGCAUUCGGGCAGCCCUCGCAACCAGGCCAGCAGCCUUCCGCAUUCGGUCAGCCUUCACAGCCGGGUCAAAAGACGUCCGCUUUUGGGCAACCUUCGCAACCCGGACAACAGACAUCUCCUUUCGGGCAGACCUCCCAGCCUCAGCAGCAGUCGGCCUUUGGCAAAGCAUCACCAUUCGGCGCAGCCAGCACAGCAGCACCAGCAUUCGGACAAAGCACGUUCGGCAACGCUUCAGCACAAGGUGGCGGUGGCGCCACGAAUACUUCAGCCUUCGGCCAACCCUCAGCACCCGGUCAACAAUCGUCCCCCUUCGGCGCCACCAGCCAGCCUUCAGCCUUCGGUGCCAAUUCAUCCGGCGCCAACCGGAACACCAACCCAUUCGCAGCCCAGCAACCAACGUCCAACUCCUCCGCUUUCGGCAGCGGCGGCGGCGGCACUCCCAGAACCUCAGGCCCCCCAAUCACCUCUCUAAAAGGCAAAUCGGUGUUCUACGAAGACAAGCUGCCAUUCUAUCGCAACCAGCAGACAGGCAAGAAGGAACGGAUCUGGAUGCCAGACGGAGCGCCAGGGCCGAACCCGGAUGUGGAGGCGAGCGCAGAGACGUAUCAGGCGCUCGGAGAGGCGCUGAAGCAGGUGUAUGAUUAUGUGAGGGACAAUGGCAGUUUUCAGGGUGGUGUGAUGCCGGAGGUGCCGCCAAAAAGGGAGUGGGUUAGUUGGGAUCUAUGA